AACGUGUAUUUGCAGUGACAUCGAUAUUUACUGUGGCUUCAAUAUUGAUUUUAUACAACAUUUAAACGAAUAAUAAUUAUAUUUACCCACAUAUAUGAGGAACCAUUGAUAAAAAAAAAUGCACUCUCAAGGACAGGGUCAAACGCAGCAGCAUUCUUCGACACAUUCCCUUCUUCAGCCGCAAAAUCAUUUACCUAACAAUGCCAUUGGAAAAUCUGUCGACCACCAAUCUAUAUCAACUGUCGGAUUGCUGGAGUUGGCGCAUAGAGAAUACCAAGCUGUAGAUUAUGAAAAUGCAGAAAGGCAUUGCAUGCAAUUAUGGCGGCAAGAUAGCACCAACACGGGAGUUCUCUUACUGUUGUCGUCAAUUCAUUUCCAGUGCAGGCGGCUUGAUAAAUCUGCGCAGUUCUCGACGCUGGCAAUAAAGCAAAAUCCAGUACUUGCAGAAGCAUACAGCAACCUGGGAAAUGUUUACAAGGAGCGAGGACAGCUGCAAGAAGCGUUAGACAACUAUCGUAGAGCUGUACGCUUAAAACCAGACUUUAUUGAUGGAUACAUAAAUUUGGCUGCUGCAUUGGUUGCUGCUCGUGAUAUGGAGUCUGCAGUUCAAGCGUAUAUAACAGCAUUGCAAUAUAAUCCAGAAUUGUACUGCGUGCGUAGCGAUUUGGGAAACCUCCUUAAAGCACUAGGUCGAUUGGAGGAGGCAAAGGCCUGUUAUUUAAAGGCCAUCGAAACUUGUCCAGGAUUUGCUGUUGCAUGGAGUAAUUUGGGAUGCGUUUUCAAUGCCCAAGGAGAGAUUUGGUUAGCCAUUCAUCACUUUGAAAAGGCUGUCACCCUCGAUCCUAAUUUUCUAGACGCGUAUAUAAAUUUAGGAAAUGUACUAAAAGAGGCCAGAAUAUUUGACAGGGCUGUGGCUGCAUAUUUACGUGCACUUAACCUUUCGCCCAACAAUGCUGUCGUACAUGGAAAUUUGGCGUGUGUUUACUAUGAGCAAGGUCUCAUUGAUUUGGCUAUUGAUACAUAUAGACGGGCUAUAGAACUACAACCAAAUUUUCCAGAUGCAUAUUGCAACCUUGCAAAUGCUCUUAAGGAAAAAGGACAGGUCAAGGAAGCUGAAGAAUGUUAUAACACUGCACUCAGACUAUGCUCAAAUCACGCAGAUUCUCUAAAUAACUUGGCAAAUAUAAAACGAGAACAAGGUUUUAUAGAGGAAGCCACACGUCUCUAUUUAAAAGCGCUCGAAGUUUUUCCAGAUUUUGCUGCUGCGCAUUCUAAUCUAGCAUCUGUUCUACAACAACAAGGAAAACUGAAAGAAGCUCUGAUGCAUUAUAAAGAAGCGAUUAGAAUUCAGCCAACUUUUGCUGACGCUUAUUCCAAUAUGGGAAAUACUUUGAAAGAAUUGCAAGACGUUAGUGGGGCAUUGCAAUGUUAUACGCGAGCUAUUCAAAUUAAUCCAGCGUUUGCUGAUGCACAUAGCAAUUUGGCAAGCAUUCAUAAGGACUCCGGAAAUAUUCCAGAAGCCAUUCAAUCUUACCGUACAGCUCUAAAACUGAAACCUGACUUUCCUGAUGCCUAUUGCAAUUUGGCUCAUUGCUUGCAGAUUGUUUGUGAUUGGACGGACUAUGAUAUAAGAAUGAAGAAAUUGGUUAGCAUCGUUGCUGAGCAGCUUGAGAAAAACCGUUUGCCGUCCGUUCACCCACAUCAUUCGAUGCUUUACCCAUUAACACACGACUUUCGAAAAGCGAUCGCAGCGAGGCAUGCUAAUUUAUGUUUGGAAAAAGUCCAUGUAUUACACAAGCAGUCAUUUAAUUUUGCAAAGGAACUAUCAAAAGACGGUCGAUUACGCAUUGGAUACUUAAGCUCUGAUUUUGGAAAUCAUCCUACCUCACAUCUAAUGCAGUCUAUACCUGGCUUGCAUGACCGUUCGAAAGUCGAAAUUUUUUGCUAUGCCCUUAGUCCCGAUGACGGAACAACAUUUCGUCAUAAAAUCAGCCGCGAAUCAGAACAUUUUGUGGAUCUCUCUCUUAUUCCUUGUAAUGGGAAAGCUGCUGAUCAGAUUUACAAAGAUGGCAUUCACAUUUUAGUUAAUAUGAAUGGUUAUACCAAGGGAGCAAGAAACGAAAUAUUUGCCCUUAGACCGGCUCCAAUUCAAGUUAUGUGGUUAGGUUAUCCUGGUACAAGUGGAGCAAGUUUUAUGGAUUAUAUUAUAACUGAUGCAGUUACUAGUCCCAAGGAGUUGGCUUACCAGUACAGCGAAAAGCUGUCUUAUAUGCCUUUCACAUAUUUCAUUGGAGAUCAUAAGCAAAUGUUUCCGCAUCUUAAAGAGCGAUUAAUCGUUUGCGAUAAACAGCAAUCCUCUGUUGCGGAUAAUGUCGCUGUAAUCAAUGCAACAGACUUAUCGCCAUUGGUUGAAAACACAGAUGUAAAGGAGGUAAAGGAAGUCGUUAAUGCUCAUAAGCCUGUAGAAAUUACACAUAAAGUAGCAGAAUUGCCAAGUACCACGCAAUUAGUAUCGAUGAUUGCCUCUGGUCAAGUACAAACAUCUUUAAAUGGCGUUCUCGUACAAAAUGGACUAGCAACUACACAAACAAAUAAUAAAGCGGCUACAGGAGAAGAAGUUCCGCAAAAUAUUGUUAUAACAACACGUCGUCAAUACAUGUUACCUGAUGACGCAAUUGUUUACUGCAACUUUAAUCAACUAUACAAAAUUGAUCCUCAAACUCUGCAAUCCUGGGUAGUUAUUCUGAAAAAUGUGCCUAAAUCAGUGCUAUGGCUUCUAAGAUUUCCAGCAGUAGGCGAGCAAAAUAUAAAAAAGUCCGUCAGCGAUUUAGGUGUUUCAUCUGAGAGAGUCAUUUUUUCGAACGUUGCUGCCAAAGAAGAGCACGUACGUCGUGGGCAAUUGGCUGACAUUUGUCUAGACACUCCACUAUGCAAUGGUCACACAACAUCAAUGGACGUCUUAUGGACCGGAACUCCAGUAAUUACAUUACCCGGAGAAACAUUAGCUUCCAGGGUUGCAGCAUCGCAACUAGCGACACUUGGAUGCCCAGAGUUAAUAGCAAACAGCAGAGAAGAAUAUCAGGACAUAGCUAUUCGGUUAGGAACGGAAAAGGAAUAUUUAAAAGCUUUGCGAGCGAAAGUAUGGAAAGCACGAGUCGACAGCCCAUUGUUUGAUUGUUCACAAUAUGCCAAAGGGUUGGAGAAAUUGUUUUUUCAAAUGUGGGAAAGAUUUCACCGUAACGAAGAUCCCGAUCACAUUUCUUCCGAAUAAAGUUUUUGAAAUCAAAAAAAGACUAAGAGAGUUGUCGUUAACUAUCUUGACGGGCGAUAAUGUGUGCUAUUUAGUUCGAUUUUGUUUGACAUAUAUAUGCAUGUUACACAUUUUAAAUACAAAUCUUUCUGUAAAAUCUAACAGUAGAGAGUAACUACUUAUACAGUUACUUACUUUUUAUUUAUGGAAUGCUUUGAUAACCAAUUUGACCUUUUAAAAUAAGACGUUACCUUGUUUAAGUAAUUAAAAUAAAGUCGCUUAAUACUGAA